AUGAUGGUCCAAUACGGCAUGGAUGAAGCCUUGCUAUCUUCCCCAGAUCCCCUCGCCGACUCCUUGACAUACCAGGCACCACCGAGUACGAAACGACGAAAGACUCCCUCAUCGCGUUUGUCACUGCCAUUACCAGCCAGUUCUCCAAAAAAACAAAUCUUUGAAUUGGAUGUGGGAAAUACAUUAUCACCACAAAAAAUCAGAGUUACAGUAGAAGCAGAAGAUUCGGACAGCGAGGACGAUCAUGCGAACCUCAGACCUCAUAAUUUCAGUUCACCUACACCUGCGCCGGUACCCCCGUCGAAUAGAGCGAACGACGACGACAACAGUGCCAUUACGAGGGCUUUCGGACUCCGAAAAUGA